CUUUCCACUAUGUCCAUGACUUUUGAUUCCAAAUUAGAUUUGAUGUUAAAACUAUACAGUAUAUAUUAACAGUGAAAUGCAGCGGCAAUUGUUUAUAUGUAAUAAUAACAUUAAGUCAUGAUACAUUUAUAUGCUUUUCACCGUCACUCCGGCCCGCGAUGAAAAUGAGUUUGACACCCCUGGUAGAGGAGCCAAGAACUGUCAUUAUUUUGUUUUGUUUUUGAAAGUGGUCCAUGAAGUGUCCCUCGGCGGGGAAGUCUUUAGCAGCUGCACAUUUCCUGUUCCCUAGCAACAAGAACAGAGAGUGUGGAACUGGGGAUGGAAGAAGAAUAAGACCAUUGGAAGAAGAGAGUGCCUUUGUGAAAUCGAUACAUUUCAAAAUAAGAUAUUUAAUUAGGUAAUGAUUAGUCAUAUAAUCCCUGACGUGUGCCGAGUCGCUAUUGAAGAUUGAAUUCAUCAUCUUCUCUAUGACCUUUCCGGACACCCUUUGGACUUAAACAACAGUUCUCCAUUUUGUAUGGACAAGAAAGGCAUCUAAUGUAUUACCCUCCUGCAUACACUUUACAUCUGGUGCGCUUGUUUCGGUCUUCGUCGUCAUGGCUGCACAUGACCCCGCACGGGCCGCAGGUUUCCCGUGCAAACAGUGCGGGCUGACGUCUCCUAACAUGGCCAUGCUAGUCGAGCACAUGGGCGCACACCUGGAGCAAGAGGAGGAGCGCAAAUUCAAAUGUGACGAAUGCGGACGUGGGUACAGACACGCCGGCAGCCUCGCCAACCACAAAAAGGCUCACGACGUCGGGUCCUUCGAGUGCUACGUGUGCGGCAAAGAGAACUCGAACGCUUUGGCCUUGAAAAGUCACAUGCGGAGUCACACGGCUCACAAAAAGUACUCCUGUUCGCAAUGUGGGAAGGCUUUCCGUCUGGCAACACAACUUGCCACACAUGAACGGGUUCACCGCAGCUCGCAAGUAAAAGAGCAGGAAGACGUGGAGUUCGAAGACCCGUGUGAGAUUGUUAUCAAUCAUCGGAACAAGCAGUCGACUGUCGGGAUUCAAAUGGAAAACGGCCCCGUUGACGACCAGAUGGAGGUUUAUCAUCGGCAGUCUGACGACGCCACCGGCCGACCUUUCAAAUGCGACCUGUGCGACAAGACGUACAUUCACCUCAGAAGUUUGAGCAACCACAAGAAGACUCAUCAGGUGGGAAUGUUUGAGUGCACCGUGUGUUUCAAACUCUUCAACAACAUGGCGGCGCUCUACAGCCACCAGAGGACCCACAAGGUCAGAAGCAGCGGGGGAGGCGGCAGGGGAGACGGAAGCUCAGCGUCCGGCUUCUAUUCCAACUCCACGCAGGAGCAGUUUUCCCCUCCGAGUCCUGACGCUCCCGUCAACUUCUGCCAUUUGUGUCAGGUUGUGUUCCCAAGUGAUGAGGAGUUCCAGGAGCACAUCCAAAUGCAUAACUCUUCAUCUGCACCCUUUGGGCUGCAAGACGACACAGCAGAGAGCCACAGUAUGACAUAUGACAACGUUACCUCACAUAAGUCCAACUUUUAUACAGCUCAUAUAAAUAAUAAUCCUUCUUUGCCAUCAGUUGAAAAUACUCACGGUUUUAAUCAGCUUCAUGGAAUGAUUAGCAGUAAUGGUCACGUGUAUUCAAACUGCUCCGAUAGUCAAACAUCAGCUUCCAACUGCUCUCAGGGAGAACCCCCACUCAUAGACGCAAGCAUCGUCCAUCCCGCCCUGAACGCAUCGGAAAUCGACGACCCUUCCAUCGCAGAUUCCGACGAGCGUCCCUUCAGGUGUCAGAUUUGUGGCAAGAGCUACCGCCACUCCGGUAGCCUCAUCAACCACAAGCGCUCGCAUCAGGUGGGGAUUUACCAGUGCUCCAUCUGCAGAAAGAAGUAUCCUCACUUGGCUGCGCUCAAGAGUCACCUUCGCCUUCACAAGGGUCACAAAUCCUCCCUCAGCCCCAACGGGGAGGGAGACUGGCUCUCCCCCGAGACUUUCUCUCUAAUCAACCAGCGGAACCUCUUCUCGUCGCGAGAGGAACAGGAUGAUGGCACCCGGCUUGCGCUUGGCACGGAUCAGCAAAAUGGCGGCGUGUACCACGCCCAUCAGGAUGUGGCGCCAGACGCGAGCGCGCGGCUACCUCACGCCGAGCGCUCGAUGCAGCGGCACAUGUGCGCCGACUGCGGUGAGACUUUUGCUGACAUCGCUGGGAUCAUAGCGCACACUUGCCCCCUGCUGCAACAGCAGCAACACACGAGCGAGGACCGCGACGCCAGCGGGAACUUCCCUGGCACUGUCGCGCAGUUUCACGGACUGAAUGAUGCGAAUCCUCAGCGUUACUUCGAGCAGAACUUGCAAGAAAAUAUCAGUAGCGACCAGCUGAACGGCAACGGCGAAGAAGACGACGGCGAUCUUUAUCAGUGUUCCAUUUGUGGAAACAGCUACAGCAGCAUGCGGGCCCUCCGCAGCCAUCUCCGAGGACACACGCAGUCCCAGUGCGCCGCCGCCAGCUCGGGACCCUCGUCCAUGUCCUCUCAGGAGGAGGCCAAAGAUGACGAGGCGGGCGAGAUGAUGAUCUGUAGUACAUGCGGCGAAAGCUUCGCCAGCAGGCAGGACUUGGCCGCCCAUCAGCUCGUGCACGUCAAGCACCAAGACGAGGACGGCGUCGGCGAGAGUGAGCUGCCAGGAGGCGAGGAGGGAGCGCAGAGUACCAUAUGCGGUCGCUGUGGAAUUUUUUGCACCAGCUACCAUCAUCUGGAGAGCCACGAGUGCACAGCAGAGAAGAAAGAAGAUGAGGAAGCGGAAGUACAAGCAAAGAACUGGGAGCAUGAAGAUCGGCGCGAACUCCGAGUCAACUUCGACGACCGUCAACACAGAUGUGAUCAGUGCGGCCGCUCGUACAGACACUCCGGCUCCCUCCUCAACCACAAGAAGUCCCACAAAACAGGAGUGUUCAAGUGCAGCGUGUGCCAGAAACGCUUUUACAACCUGUUGGCUCUGAAAAACCACCAGAGGUCUCACUUUGACAUUAAGAGGCAUACUUGCCACGAGUGCGGCAAAGCCUUCAAAAUGCAGAAGCAGCUUUUGAUCCACCUCAGGAGGCACAGGGAGAACCGAGCCAAGAUCCAAGAACUGAACGACCAGAUCCAGGCCCUCAUGCAGAUGAACAAGUCCGACGCCGAAGAUGCCAGAGAAGGGCGGGGGGGGACGACACGCGAGGCUGCGGUCAAAUCAGAAGACACAGGUGACAGGCGACCCUUUGCGUGUGAGCAGUGUGGUCGCACGUAUCGCCACGCCGGUAGUCUGGUUAACCACAAAAAGUCCCACAAAACGGGCCUGUAUUACUGUUCUGUUUGCAACAAAGCUUACUCCAAUCAGCUGGCCGUGAAGAACCACUUACGCACUCACUUCGGUAGUCAAAAGCAUUCUUGCCAAAAGUGCGGAAAAGGCUUCCGAGGAAAACGGCAGCUGUCGGCGCACAUCUGUGCGGACUCCCGGAAGGGCGGCAGGCGGAGCCUGAGGUCUCGAGCUUCAAAGUGCAAACAGUGUAAACAGACGUUUCCUUCCGCCGACCAGCUGGCGGUCCACGCCUGCUCCGGCUCCUCGGGAGCCGCGGCGAGCGGCAAAGAGGCGCGGAUGUUCUCCUGCAACAUUUGCCACCGCAGCUACCGCCACGCCGGCAGCCUCCUGAACCACAAGAACACGCACAAGACGGGACACUUCACCUGCACGUUCUGCACCAAGCACUUCACCAACCCCAUGGCGCUGCGCAACCACACGCGCAUCCACACGCAGAAGAAGAAGUACGCCUGCCUCACGUGCGGGAAGGCCUUCCGCCUCGCCAGCAUCCUGCACAACCACCAGAAGGUCCACAGCCGCGCCGACGGGCACUUCAGCUGUUCGGCGUGUGGGAAGAGCUUCCAGGGGAGGUCCGGACUCAAGAGGCACCGCUGCCGGAGAGGUCAGGGAGAGGUCGGGACGCAGCCGGGAGAGAGCCAGGACAAGUGCUUCACGUGCGACCUUUGCGGGCGCUCGUACCGCCACGCAGGAUCCCUCCUCAACCACAAGAAGACGCACUCAGAAAACCUCCACCACUGCAGUCUUUGUCUGCAGACCUUCCCGGACCCCCUCACGCUCCAGAUCCACUCCCAGAUGAGGCGCCAUUGCUGCCCGGAUUGCGGUAAGACUUUCUGUCUCGUCGCGCACCUGCAGAGCCACAUGGAGGCGCACUCCAAGGAGCGCUCCAAGGACCCCUUCGCCCACGCCAAUGACCUUAGCUGGACCGAACCUUUGUCCCAUCUUGCCGAGAGCGCGAGCGACCAGGCGGAGAAGAGCCACGUGUGCGAGCACUGCGGGCGCACCUACCGCCACGCCGGCUCCCUACUCAACCACAAGAACAGCCACAAGACUGGCUCCUUCUCUUGCGCCGCCUGCCACAAGCAGUUCUCCAACCUGAUGGCCCUCAAGAACCACCGCCGCAUCCACACGGAGCCCAAGCGCUACCAGUGCCUGGAGUGCGGCAAGGCCUUCCGCGUGUCCACGCAGCUCAUAUGCCACCGGAGAAUCCACAGCAAAGAGAAGCCCUUCGCCUGCGUGCUGUGCGACAAAAGCUUUUCCAGCAAGUCCAACCUGAGGCACCACGAGAAGUUGCACCAGAACCACCACGCUUACGACAACUCCUCCUCUUUUAGUUUGGAUGCGAACAACUUCAUGGGCUUGGACAUGGGCUCUUUCCUUUAGAGUUUCGUAACUCCGACUGUCUCUUUUCCACAACUUGCGAAUGUUGUCCGCAAGUCACACGCAUCUCCUCGCCUUCCUGAAGGACAAACAACCAAAGUGAUCCGUAAAGCGCAGCCCGCUUUCCCUGCACCUGUCCGGCGCCGGUGUCAGGAAACAUCAAAUGCGUAUAUACACGACUCGCUAAAACUUGGGCUUAAUUUGACUGUUGUUUGAAAUGUUAGCAUGGACCAAAAAUGCAAUAUAACCUUUUCUGGUGAACUUAAGUUCACCUUCUCUAAACCUUUGAAUGUGCAACUGUUCAGUGUUUCAGUACAUUGCACAACAUGCCGUUGUCUAGCUAACAAUUAGCUGAACGAUGUUUGAUCUGUGAAAUCUUCCAAGAACGUUGCCUUUCUGUGACACUUCCAGUCUCUCUGUCGCUCCCUGCUGAUGAUCCUCAAUCAGAAGCCGUUGGCGAUGAAGGCCCUUUUCAUUGACUUGUGCAUUUCGCAGACAGAGACUCUUUACGCUCUGCUUUUUCAACUUGGAUCUUGCUUAGUACCCGGAAAUGUAGUUUUUUGUUGUGAAAGACCACCAUUUUUGAUUGGCCCGUACGUGGACCAUACACUCUUCAGCCCCCUUGUUAGAGAACAAUCAUUGAAACAUAGAACAGUUAAAUGUGUGAAUUCAAGUAUAGAGAAGGUCAAACAUAAGUUCACCCGGAAAGGUUCGAGAGCAUUUUAGGUUCAUCCUGAAAUUUCACCCGUAAGCGAGCCUAAUAUCCUUAACUUUUUGGGAGUCGUGUAUGUUUGAAGGACUGCUCACGUCACAAACCUCGUUAAUAAAACGUCAAAUACCUCAACUAGUUGGUGUGAAGCUCACUCAAAGUGAUGGACUGAAAUCUAGUAAAUAGCUGUUCAACUACUAAUAAAAUAAUUACAAUUGAAAUCCUUGGUAAGUGACAUAGUAUGCUAAAAGCAAAAUAUGUUCUUGGAUGUUUGACUAGGGGAACUUUUUGUGAAUGUAAAAAAAAAAAAAAAAAAGUUUUGUGUAGCCUUUAAGAACCUUUAUGUCAGGAAAUCAACACAAACAAAGACUGGUUUAAAAUGGUACCUGUCACAAAAUGGUUUACUGCCAUAAGCUUGGGAUGGCUAAUAUAUAUAUAUAUAUAUAUAUAUACUUUUUUGUCAGGCUUCAAUUUCAAUUCAAGAUCAUUUUUUUUUUAGGACUACACACUAAUAACCUAGGUAGCGAUGCACAGUUUUUCAAAUAUACAUUAGGGCCGGGUGAAAGUCUUUUUCACCAAAUUCAGAUUUCCAAUUUUAGCUAUUUUUUCCCCCCCCCCACGCCUCUUAACAGAAAAGUGAAUGACUUGCAUUCAAAACACAUUUUGCCUUUUUGUUUGUUUGUUUGUUUUGCUUUGUCACUAACGCCUUUUUUGAAAAAUAAUAGCCAGGGGGGUCUAAACAAUCACCAAACAGGGAAGAAAAAAAACCAAGAUGAAUCGCCCAGCGGUAAUAUAUAUUUAAAAUUACAUUUGAGAAGCUGUUGACACUGUCAGUCAAAUGUCAAUACUUCAAAAGUAGGCUGUAAUAGCGACUGUCAAUCAUACAUUAACAGUGGCUAUACAAUGUGAACACCCACGGUCGAAUAACUUCCCAAAAUAUGAAGUCUCUUGACUCGCAUCUAUUUUGACUCUCUUUUGGCUUGACUCGUCUUUCUUGCAGAAGGGCUCUAACUGCGUCAUUAUGAGAAGUUGGGCCGGGCUGUUCCAUAAGCCGAUAUCCUACCAGGGGUGUGUUCACUUUCCAUAUCAGGGGUGGGCAAAGUACGACCUGCGGGCCCACAUGCAGCCCGUUCCAUUCUUAAAUGUGUUCCAAAUGUUUUAUUUUCCAUAAAAUUGCUGAAUGAAAAUGUAUUUAUUCUUUUUAAAUUCAGAUAUUAAAUGUCAUUGAUUUUUUUAUUUUUUUUUUGUAAAUAAAGUUUUUGUAAAAUUCAAAACAAUACAUAUACUUUUUUAUUUGGUUAGUCAUCUUUUUACCUAAUCUUCGAAUGACCUGGCCCAUCUGUCUCUCUCAAAAAAAAACAACAACAAAAAAGUCACGUACAAAAAGUUUGCCCCACCCCUGUUUUAUACGCACUGUGGUAUUAUGAUUUUAUCCCAUGAGUAUGAUCGAUGUUCGCUUUUCCAAUCGUAAUUGAAACGCAUGCAGCCCACAUAUUCACAUUCAUACUUUCAGGGCCGCUGUAGAGAAAUCUCACCUGUUCGCGCGCUUAAGUGUCUUUUUGUCUCGUGCCUCGGCCGCACGUUUCUUAUCAUUUUUUUCUUUGCCUUAUUCCCACAUCGUCCGCGCUGGUCACACAAGUUUGAAAUACCUCGUCCAAAUCUCUCGUAGAGGAGGGACACUGUUAACGUAACGAGCGUGAUCGCUUUCAUUUGGACAAAGAGGCUGGCGAGCGCUACUUUGCCGCAUUGAUUGUAUUUGCACAUGCGGACGAUGAAAUAAAUGGCAAACGACUUUUGAGUUCCCAAUUGAAGCGGAAGGUUCAACAUGUGCUUUGUGUGCUCACUAGCAAGGAAUAGUUUGGGCAUACUGGAAAGGGAUACAAAAUAUUAUAUGGCAUUUAUUAUUUGAGAGGAAGAGCAUUGCGGCUUUUCUCAUUUUAUGACUAAAAACGCUUUUGUCUGAAAAUGUUUAUUUUGUCCUCUAAUACAACUUGUUUCCUAAUAUAUGCCCCCCCCCCCAAAAAAAAAAAAAAAAGAAACUGCUAGUUUUUAUACUUCUAACACCGCAACUUUUUUCUUGUAAUAUUCAUCUUUUUCCCUCAUAAAUUGAUGGCUUAAUUUAUUUGUAAUAAUUUUUUUGAGUUUUCUCUUCUGCCUCCCCCGCCUUCCCCACACGUCGCAUAAAAUGGUAACUUCCAUUUUUUCCGAUUUCUUUUACUUGAUUUUUUUCUUGUUCAAAUGAUGUCGUGAUUCUAUUCCCCUUUAAAAUGACAACUUUAUCCCAAAAUCUUCAAGGAAUAUUUCUCCUUUUUGCCCCCUGAAAAAUGAACAGCUUUGAUUCUCUCUCACCCCCCCUGUAAAAUUCAGACUUUACUCUUUAAGUACUGCCACUUUUUCAUCAUAAUAUUUGUCUUUUUUCUUUAUAUCAAAACUUUAUCAUAAUGCUACAAAUGAUCUGUUUCUCGUAGUACUACGACUUUGUCCCCCAAAAUACAAUUGAUUCUCUCUCUUGAGUGUGAUCCCGUUUAUUAUUCUUCCAUUGUACCAAACUGAACAGGUGUUGCAGACUGUUUAUGCCAUUUUUAAAAAAGUUUUUGUUGCUAUUAUUUAUAUGUUAAUAGUGUUACGUAACGUACUGUAACGUAGUUUUAUUUGCCAUUGUAGCCUACAUGCAAAGCAGCAAAUGCACAUUCAAACUAAUAUUUAGUUGUUGUUUUUUUAUAUGAACGUUUAUAUGAACGUUUCGUCCCCUGUUGCACUUCCGCACCCCCCCCCCCCCCCCCCCCCCCUCAACAUUGUAACUAAUCAAGUAUCCACUGGAGUUUUGUACAGUUGGUUUUUUUUUUUUCUUCUUCUGUAGGAGAAAUUAGAAGUGCUAGAUUAGUUAUUGUGUAAUACAAUGAGAAAUAAACACCUCAUGUAAUGGAUUUCAAGUGCUCUGCGCAGUAUUUAACUCAUAUUUAUAUAACUAUUUUGUCACAGAAGUGUAGAUUUCUACUUCUUUGUGAGAGGUUCAUUUAGGAUAUAAAAAGAUUUGGAAAUGAA